GCUCUAGAAGUCGAGAUAAUUUACAUCCAAGCUCUGAUGAGAGCUGUACUUUUCAGAUACAAGGAAUACUAUUCAGACAGGUGUAUAUCCAUUUCGGUUACAGAAGGGGACUGAAGGGGGCAUAUUUGAGUCAGAAAAGGACUGCAAACUCAAAAAGAUAUUAUCGGUAACAAUUACAAUUUCAGUGCAGUGAUUGUUACUGAAUAAGGUGAUUGAGCUCUCCAAGGAAAAUACCUGGAUAGUAUUUUAACAAUAUUUGGCAUUAUUGCUAAAACUGUUACAUUUGUAUUAGGUUUAUUGUGAUGAUUAUUUAUGUAGGGGAAAAACUUCUCAUCCCUGCAAAAGUGUUUGUUAGCCUGAGUCAGGAAAUGUGGAUAUUCAGAGAUUUGAAAGUUGUUUAUUUUGAACAAUUUCUGAAGUGAGACUACUACAUUAAAUUUUCACUGUAUUUCUUUGCUUAUGAAAACGAAUAACAGAAAUCUUUAUUUUAAUUUUGUGUGUUUGUGUUGUACCCAAGUAAUUCUGAAAUGCAAACUCUACAUUUCUUAUGCUUAAUGUAUUAAUCCUAAUAUGUAUUACCAUAUUUUAAAGUGUCAGCUUUUGUGAAUUUAUAGUUUAGGAUAUUAACAGAAAUUUGUCACUGGAAAUAAGUCAUCAAUAGGGCUGUUUGUGAAAGAAGCUUUUAGUCCUAUGCUCUUUUGUUUUAGCACACAAGAGAGUUCUUUACUGCAAUAACUACAGUAUGAGUCAUCAACACAGAAGGUAUAACUUUUAUUAAUUUAGCUGCAUGUCCCAAUAAGAAGCCUAGGAAAUAUUAUAUCCUGCUAGAUUCUGGCACAUUUCUGUGGCUUCCAUUCCUCACUAAUGGCAAGAUUUUGCUUGAUAAAUGAGAUUUAAAAACAUUUUGCUUUCAUUAAAUACAUUAUUUAGAUAUAUUUACUGUGCAAAAAAGGUAAAAUCAAAGAUCUAGUACAAAGAGAAAAGGUGCAGUGAACAACUGAAAUAUUCACAAAUUAUAUCUAUUACUUACUAUUAUUUCUAUUACUAUUACCUGAGAAGGGCUACAUCUUUGUCCUAUGAAUUGGUACAGCUAAGCUAACAAGAAUGUAAAGUUAAAUAUGUGUUCGAACAUAGUGUCUUAGUUUUUCAUUUAAUGAUCCAGAAUAGACAAUGAAAGUUACUGAUUUAUAAUUGCUGCCCUGUUUAAGAGUGACCAGCUAUGUACUGUAGUUUAAAUGAGAAGCCAAAUUUUACUGACAUGAGAAGUCAAAUGGGAAAUCAUUUAACAUAAUCACCAAGUCAUAAUUCUCCAGAUUUCUAACAUAUGAUUUUGUGACCAUGUGGCCAUUAUUUUACUUAUGAGCCUACUGGUUUUUUAAAUGUUUAUAUCCUAUUCUUUUCUUUUCAGCUUACUGCAAAACUACAGGAACCAGUGCAAUUCCAUUUUUCUGUUUCUUGUUUUUUCUAUCUAGUUUCUACUCAUUUUCUAUUCUAGUUAAAAUCAGAUAAUAGAGAUGAUUUUCAGAAUAUUUAGCUAUUUGCAGAGAAACAAAAUUGUAUUACAGUAGCCCCACUGAAUUGACUGGAAUUUAUUUCUUAAUAGCAGUAAAUAGGAUUGUGUUGCUAGUUAAUUGACCUUCCAGCAACAUGCUUCUUGGCUGAAAGGUGUAAAUCAUAAAGCAUUGAAGAUAUUUCAGUAUCAGUGAGGUACAAUGUAAUUCAUUGCAUUCAGAGCAUUCUAAUUUCAGCACUGAACCUCUUCUCUGCCUAUGUUAUUUUAUCCCUGGAUUAGAAAUAUAGACAAAGCCUAGGUACCAGAGAAAUUAGAAUUUCCAUAUUUUAAUUUAGAUUAUUUAAAAUAUGAAUAUACUACUGUAAUUCAUAUAGAGGACUGUCCUCAAUACAUCAGGACCAUGAAGUAGUAUUUUUUCUCAGUGAUUUGUUAUGAAAAUAGUUAUGUUUCUAAUGUGUAUAUUAUGUCUAUCAAUAGUAAAAGAUCACAGAAGCCAUGGACAACCAGUAUAAUCCGAAUCGCACCCAAACUUGCAAUGGAAUUUCAACUCAUGACAAGAAAAUCAGUUCUUUGGUGGCUGAAGAUCAUGGUCAGAGAAUCUUAACCAUACUGCAAAGCUUCAGAGCUCAAAACAUAUUUUUUGACUUUAAAAUAAUUGUAAAAGAUGAAGCAAUUCCCUGCCAUCGUUGUGUACUAGCAGCAUGUAGUGACUUUUUCAGGGCCAUGUUUGAAGUUAACAUGAAAGAAAGAGAUGGUGGGAGUGUUACGAUAAGUAAUUUAACACCCAAGGCAGUGAAGGCUUUUCUAGAUUAUGCUUAUACUGGAAAAACUGAGAUAACAAAUGAUAAUGUGGAAAUGUUCUUUCAGCUGUCCUCCUUUCUUCAAGUUUCAUUUCUUUCAAAAGCUUGCAGUGACUUUCUAAUUAAGAAUAUCGAUCUUGUUAACUGUUUGCAACUCUUGUCCAUUUCUGAAAGUUAUGGCUCCACCAAGCUGUUUGAGCAUACGCUCGAGUAUGCCCAGCUCCAUUUUUCCUUGCUUCUCCAAUCAAAUGAUUUCUUGGAAAUGAAUUUUGAGAUACUGCAAAAAUGCCUAGAAGCUGAUGAGUUGAAUGUACCAGAUGAAGAAUUUGUGUUGAAAGCUGUCUUUUGGUGGAUGAAACAUGACUUAGAAACAAGGCAUAAAUAUCUUCCUCAUUUGAUGAAGAACAUCAGGUUACAUCAGUUACCUGAAAAGACAUUGCAGGAUAUUUUGCACUCUGAGGAACAGUUACUUAAAACCACGAAUUGCUUAGUAGUAAUCAAGGAAGCAAUUCAAAAUGUACAGAAUUUCAGUGGGCUUUUCCCAGAUCCCCGCCCAUCAACAACCGAAAAAUACAUAUUGGUUCAUAAAACUGAAGAAAAUAAAGUUAAUCAACAUACAUUUUGCUAUAAUAUUAAAACUGAUCAGUGGAAAGAACUGAUAAAAAUAAAUAUAUUUGAUCUACCUGGAUCAAGUUUAUCUAGUUAUGGUGAAAAAAUAUUCAUAACUGGUGGGUGUAAAGGUAACUGUUUCCGGACUAUUAGACUUCAUAUUGCUGAAACGUUUCAUGAUGCCACAGAUCAAACUUGGUGUUACUGCCCAGCAAAUGAUAGCUUCUCACUAGUAUCUGCCAUGAAGAAGCCAAGGACAAUGCAUACGUCUGUGGUGAUUCUAAAUUGUUUGUAUGUAAUAGGAGGCAAGACAAGGGCAUCUCAGGAUAUCAAAAGCCUUUUGGAUGUUGAGGCAUAUAAUCCCCUGACUAGAGAAUGGAAAUCUGUAAGUCCAUUACCAAGGGGAAUCUACUAUCCAGAAGCAAGUGCCUGUCACAGUGUAAUAUAUGCGCUUGGUUCUGAAAUUGAAAUUACAGAUGCCUUUAAUCCAUCUCUUGAUUGCUUCUUUAAAUAUAAUGCUGUAACAGAUCAAUGGUCUGAGUUGGUAGCAGAAUUUGGGCAAUUCUUUCAUGCAACCUUAAUCAAAGCUAUUCCAGUGAACUGCACUUUAUAUAUUUGUGAUCUAUCCACUUACAAAGUUUAUAGCUUUUGUCCGGAAACCUGUGUCUGGAAAGGAGAAGGCUCUUUUGAGUGUGCUGGUUUUAAUGCAGGGGCAGUUGGAAUAGAAGAUAAAAUAUACAUUCUGGGUGGAGAUUAUGCUCCUGAUGAAAUAACUGAUGAAGUACAGGUCUACCAUAGCAGUAGAUCUGAAUGGGAAGAAGUUGCUCCUAUGCCAAAGGCCCUUACUGAGUUUCAUUGUCAGGUGAUUCAGUUUAAUAAAUUCAGGGAUCCGUGGUUGCAAAAGCAAUGUGAUACAAACGAUUACACAUAAAUAACUGAUUUCUCAUAUGUAUUUGCUCCUUAUUUAUUUAUUCGUUUAUUUUGCCGCCCAUCUUAGCCACUGUGAUUUUAAGGUAACCAAAUAUUAGGUGUCAAUCUACCAAACCAUAUUUCCUCUUCAUUUUCAUAGAAUGGAGAUUGGUAAUUGCUCUGUAGUUAAUGUGUUAAGACACAUCUUUUGAGUUUGGAUGGCCUGUGUUUAAUAGUAAUUUAUUAAUAAAUUAUUAAAUUAUUGAAUUAAUAUGCCAACUGACUUCCAAUCAUUUCCUCCUUUAGAUAAGCUCUGCCUAAUAGCUGGCUACUUUUGAUAUUGAGAGCAGUUUCUAAAAUAAUUCGGGGGACGGGCAAGAACUGAUUUAAAAAUUACACUAGAUAACUUGUAAUUAUCCCCCAACUUCUAUACAUUUAUUUAAAAUGGUAUCCAUAAGCUGAAUACAUUUUAGAUUACUAAUUUCAGGAAUAAAAAAAUCAAUAUGGUUUAAAUGUGCACACAUGUGUAUUUGUCUGUUAAUGAUUCAUACUUUUAAUAGUGGGAGAAAAUCAUUACAACCUAUAACAUAAAAAUUCAAGAGUUCUGUUCCAUACAUCACAUAAUUGGCUGUUUGCUGUUAUGCUUACUUUUCCUUUCUUUGCGGCUAUAAAACUGCAUCUUUUUUUCAAAUAAAGUCAUAAUUAUUAAUAUAUUUCAUAACCUGUUUUUUUAUACUUUAUGUUUACAUUAAUAACUUCUGCAGCAAUUUCCUAUUGAGACAACAGUCAUAAUUUCAAAACCCAUCCCAGAGUUUAUUCCUAAAAUCCCAGAGUUUAUUCCUAAAUGAAUAUGCACUUGAAGGAUUUUUCAUCUUAAAUCUAAAGUAGAAAAUUCAGUUGUAUUGGUGCAAUAGAAACACUGAUUUAUUACAAGUUCUUAUAUAACACUAAAUUGCUUUUUCAAUAUAAUCAAGACAGGAAUAUUUCAUAAUAAUUGCAAUUACUAAAUUUAAACAUAUUUUCUCUUUCAUUGCUAUUAAAUAUAUUAAAGCUUCCCUAAAUCAUUGCCAUUUAUUUCAAAUGUAUUAGUAUAAAUUACAGUUCAAUUUCUUUGGGAAAAGUGAUUGAAUUAUUGAAAUUUAUUUUUAUCCUAAACACUGGGCUAUUCUUCCUUAAAUUAUAUAGUCAUUAUAACAUGGACCAUGGAUUGUCGAUUCUCCAUCUGCCCAUGUACCAUUCAUUCCAUGUGCUGAAAAUAAGUAGGAUUAUACCAAAGAUUGUAUAAAGAAGAAAUAUAAUUUGUUCUUGGAGUCUUUAUUCUUAAAUAUGAUCUUGAAUUUCAAGUGCUGCUGACUACAGUUGGACAUAUUCCUGAGAAAACAUCUUUCAAGGAAUCAAACACAACAAAAUAAUUUAGGAAUCAAGAUAGAAUGUAAUAAUAAGGAGUGUUACAUUAAAUAGCUCCCAAGAAUUUAGACUUGUUACAUAGGUUAUUUGCUUUUUUCCCAUGACAUCAAAAAAGACUUUGGAAAAAUUUACCAGUUUUAAAGUAGUAGUUAAAUAGUGGUGGAGUUAUAGCUCAAAAAGAGAAAAACAAGGUCACAUAUUAUGCACAGGUAAUUGGUCUUGAUGGCUACAGUAUAUGUUAAUGAAUUGCAUGUGAAUAAAUAACUUAUUUG